AUGACCUCACUCUACCCGCACCAUGCUGACAAUCUCUUUGCCACAGCCAUCUGCCCCCCUCACUCCCUCCCCUCCCCGCCGUGGAGGAUCGGCCUCCGGGCCAAAAAGAUUCUGGCCUGCCGUCGGCGCCCAGGCCGCCUCAUUGCGGCGGCGGCGGCCCUACUCCUUCGACUGUGGCUGCUGCUGCCGCCCCGCCUCCUUGCGGCGAGCGCGACCGCAGCCGCAGCCGCUCGCGUGCUCAUCAUUUCCAUCGUGAGUCCGAAGCCGCCGGCGCCUAUUGCAGCUCCUGCCACCAUCCCCGUUACCAAGGAUGGCAAGAGCAAGGAGCGCAAGCACAAGCAUCACCACCGCCGUCACCAUCACUCGCACAGGAGCUACCAUGAGCGUAGCCGCUCCCGCGAGGGUCAUCGUCGUCACCAUGACCGCGACCGUAGCCGCUCGUCUGAGCGUCGCCACUGUCACAUCAUAAGCGUUAGCGCCAACGCAACACAAGCAUGCAUUCACACUGCCACUGCCGCCGCGACAGCGACCGUGGACACAAGCGCAGUGGCAUCUCUUCAGCAACUAUCACCCAUCCAUGUGCCUUGCUACCUGGACCGAGAAUCGUUUGUCAAGCCACUGACCCUACCCAUCUCCAUCGCGCUGGCAGCGGACAAUGAUGACUAUGCAAAGAAGGAGACACCAUGA